AUGGCGCGAGAGACUGCAUCGCAGCCGGGACCAUCUCGAACGCAACCUAGCCAGCCUUCUUCCUCCCGCAACGGUAGCACCUCCACCAGAGCCACUGCUAUGACCAACGAGGAGGAUCAGGAUGACCCUUCUGCUGCUGCGCGCAAACUUCGCCGACAAAGGCGCAGAGAAGAACAGGCCUACAAAGUCUACGGCUGGGAGAACUUGUAUGGCGGAGGUGGUCGCCCUCCCGUCUUUGAUAUCCGCGACCUUCGCAGGUCCGAGCGCAAUGCACCGUCCAACUCUCAAUUCAAUGGCUCUGCUUCUGCCAGGCAUGAGAGCCACUCGCCUCGCCGCUCAAGUAGACUGCCACCUGCCUCGGCCCCGCAACCUUCAACCUCGGCUCCAACUCAAUCACGCUCUGGCAAGCGCAAAGCCACAUCACCCCCCACCGAGACUCGUCGAGAAAGACGUAGAACUCGAUCUACAUCGACCCAGCAGCCACCAGCCGCUCAGUCCGACUCCGACAACGAUUUCGAGGUAGUGGGCUGGACCGGCCCAGCUGCCUCACAAUCCCGAACCCAACCGGAAAGAACCACGCCUGUCGCCACCAAGCUCGAACAGAGUCCAGCAAAAUCACCGCAGACCCUGCCGCAUGUGCAGAAUCGCGAUCGACUCUUCUUGACCUCAUCCUCAUCAUCCCCUGGCCGGCAAGUGUCGCUUCUUCCGGCUGAGAGCGCACCCACCGCAGCGAGCAGCAGGGAAACCUCCCUGUCGACCUCAACCCGCGCGGCAUCCAACAUGGAGUCCGAAGAUACCAUCAUCGCCGCCUUCGCCCAAGGCUCAUCUCUGAUCGAACAGGUGCUGCGAGCCAUCACCAGAUACUCCGAAUCACUCGACCAAGCCCAUCGCCACCGCGAGACGGCCGACACCCUCUACAGGCAGCUCACGGCUCUCGGGCCCACGCCCACCAUCAAGGACCUCCACGUCAUCACCUGCUCGGUCCCCUGGCGGCUAGACAAGAGGCUUGCCGUCGUCUUUCGAGCGUGGAACACUCAUCUCCUUCAACGCCAUUCGAUCACCAAGCGCACAGAAUCCCCCAGCACCCAUGCAGCACAGCCCGUCCGUUCAUCACGAUCGACAAGCAAAGAGGCUAGCCUAGCACCUGCAGCCGUAGCCGAAGACGACGCGGUAGCCCCCAGCAACGACAUCUCAAGGUCUAAAACCCCGCAUCCUCCUCCGGCUACGAUCGAAACAUCUGACGCUCAGGCCGACGUUCAGGAGCCAUCGGACCCCACAGACGUGCAAAUGGGCCAAAUCGGCGCAUCUGGUGAUGCAGCCGCAGGACAAGAGGAAGUAGACCUACUCGCCGAUCAUGAGGCCGGCGAUACCAGCGCAGGCCCCCCGGCCAGCAUCGCCUCGGUCGACUCGCCACGAGCUUAUGGAACGCCGCCUGAAGAGCCAGAAGAGCAAGAAGAGCAAGACGAGCUGCUCGAAGAGGUGGAUGAGUUAGAAGACGAUGAUGCAGUCCCUGUCGCCAGUGGAGAGCAAGACGGAGCGCCAGCUCAGCCUGUGGAUGCACGCGAGCCGAGCGUUCCUGCAGAUCAAGAGGCGAAAGAGCCGGUCGCGGAACAAGCUUCUGCAGACGCUGCAGCUUCAAUGACGACGGAAGCUGCACCUGUGCCGACGGGAGAGCCGAGUGCAGAUCUAGCGGAGGAGAAUCAAGAACCGAUUCCUGACGAUAGCACCACAUCCACGCUUGUCACAGAGGGGGAGCCGCAAACAGAGGCAGCUGCGGCAAAGGGCGCUGACGCGGCCGACGGCGAUGUCGUCAUGGACGCGACAGAAGAGAUUCGAGCAUCAUCAGCUCAACCAACUGCCGAGUCGCCUCCAGCAUCAGACGAGCGACAAGACGGCUCAUCAACGCCCGUUCCCGCACGUUCGGUUGAUCCGGCCGACAUCGAGAUGGCCGCGGAUUCACCGACUGCACCCAUCGCAAAUCCGUCUCGAGUACCAGACGAGGUACAGAGCAGCACGACGGAAACGGCACCCUCGCGUCGCGACGAUACACAUGAAGUCACGCCAACUCCAGUCAUCCCGCCAGCGGACCAUCCGACUGCUGAUGCGACUGGAGAGGCGGCUCCGCUGCCAGCCACAACGCGGGCGACCGACCAAGCCGAAGCCGAGCCGAGCCAAGACGCGGUAGCAUCCAGCGACUCUGCCAUGACAGCCACGGUUGCAGCGCACGCUAUGGCAGAACUGCCAGACGCAAACGCGCAAGUUGUCGCUGCAGCACCCGUCUUCCAACACGCUCAUCAACGCAACACAAUCGAUGGCUCGGACAGUCAGGCGCAAGAGACCGCAAAUGGCGCGCUCAAUGUUGCCAGCUCCGUCUCGACUGAAUUCAAUGAGGCAUCGCCUGCUAACCCGAACCCUCGUCAGGACCCGCAGAAGGACCAAGAGCAGGCGGCGAUUGCGACUGAGCACACCUCAGACCCUUCUGCAGCUCGGCCCAGCAUCGCGGUCGAUAGCUCCGACGCUCAGCAGCAACCAGCCGCCCCCAGUAUCGACGACGAUCGUGCCUCGGUCGUCGUGCCCGAACCUGACAUUGCGUCUGGUUCCGUAUUGCUUCAAGAGCUCCGGCGCCUGGAUCGAGCGCAUAGCCAACCGUCUUCCGACACAUCUGCGUCUGCACCUGUGUCUUCAGCGAGCAGGCCAAAGAUGACGAUGGCCGACCGCAUGAAGUCGCUGCUCAAGGAUCUGGCCAGCAUCACAAACAGGCGCUCGUCGUACGAGAUGCUGCAGCAGCUCAAGCCGCUUCGCGCGGGCAAAGCAACGAAACGUACGAUUCCAGAUCUGGUGGAGCGGUGGCAGGACCCGGCCAACAUGAUUCCAUGGACAUGCCUGCAGGACCUGUACCCGAGGAUCUUCCAUCCGAGGGCCGAGACGCACAUGCAUCUGUCGAUGCACGAGCUCAUGAACAAGGUCGCCAGCACGCGAUCGGUGCAGCAUCUGGCGCAGAAGAUCCCGGAAAGGGUGAUCGCGCGUGCGCUCAUGGAGUUCCCCAGGAUCCCGCACAUGCUCGAAUGCUGGAGCAAGGAGAAGGAGGGAUACUUUGCUUCGAGACAAUUGCCCCAGCCGACGGAUACGUUGCCCGAAUUCAGAUUUGCGGAUGCAGCGCCUGCGCCGCGGCCUGGUUCGGCUAGGUCUGCAGUCGAUGCAAGAGCGUCGGCUCCGCCGUCAUCGACGCUGGACGAGGCUCGAGAAGCCAAGCCCGUGCCGGUUGCGAGAGACAUGGGUGGCCAGACGACGCAAGCUGUCCCGAUGGCGCAAUCUCACUCGAAUCCACCUCCGCACACUUCCGUGGCGGGACAAUGUGUGGACCCGUCGACGCUGCAUGUGCCGCAGCACAAUGCGCGUCCCAGCGUCCUUGAACCCAUUGCACCGAUGUCUGGGCAGUCACUGGCACCGCCGGUGGGUGGAGUUGCGACAGUCGCACCCGCGCCAGCUGCGCUUUCGUCGGUCGCUGCAACGAUGCCCGCCACGCACGCGCGUCGCACUUUACAAGGACCGCAGACGUCGGCGCGAUCGGCCGGACCUGGCAGACCCGUGUAUAUUCUUCCAUCUCCCGAGGCUCAGAAUCAAAGCACGAGAACCAUGCAGCCGCCGGCGGUGCCUGCUCAGCAGGCCCAGCCGGUGCAUGCCACGCGACCCAUGGCAGGGCCAGCGUUCGCCACGACGGGGCCGACGAUGCAGCCAUCGAGGGACAUGAACCAGUUCCUGCGGCAGCAGCAGCAGAUUGCGUCGCAGGCGCGUGCGCGGCAGCAAGCGGCGACGGACAUGCGGCGCGCGACGGAAGCGGUGUUCGCCGGGCUGGUGGGAGACUGCGUCUCGUUUGCCGAGCAUGUGCUGGGAUCGCGCGUGCCGAGCGAGGUGGCGGAGCGGCCGUACUUUAGCGAGGCGGAUCUAACGCACGUGGUGGAUUACGUGGUCAAAGUGUACGAGCUCGAGGUGGAAGCGGAGCGCGCGGCGGGUCGUCGGAACGCAGCGGCGGAGGAGAAGUACGCCAAGAUCAUGGUGGUCAAGCAGGCGGCGGAGGAUGUGAUGCGGACGACCAAGAUCCUCAUGGGCGUGCGUGUGUGCUUAUCCGAGACGGCGAGCGAAGCACUGCGCAACGCAUCGACGAAUGCGGUGCCGCGAGACUGGCAGGAGGUGCUGGCGACUUCGCCACGCUACGCAUCGGCGGUGGAGUAUCUGAUGCGCUUCCAGGACGUGCCUGCGGGCCUGCUGACGCGACAGGAGCGCAACAUGAUGCUGCACACCAUGGUGGUGGCGACGAACAAGGAUCUGGAAAGGACGCUGGAGAGGACGGUGGAUGUGGAUGCGCUCAUCGGCCCCGUCCGGGGUGCCACGGGCGCCAUCAGCGAAUCAGAGGCCGAAAUGAUCCGCCGAGAGUGCUUCCUGAUCGGCUGCAUCUGCUGCAAGCACGUCGUUGGCAUCCUGGGCCAAGGCGCCAAGCAGCAGAGCUGA